AUGGCCGCCCCAGCAAUCUCCUCCCAAGCCCUCCUAACCCUCAUGAAAAACCGCCGCACCUACUACGCCCUCUCGAAAUCCUCCCCGAUCCCCAACGACAAGAUCACGGCUAUCGUGCAGGAUGUGCUGAAGCAUUCGCCGAGUAGCUUUAACAGUCAGAGUACGAGGGUUGUGGUGUUGUUUGGGGGGGAGCAUGAUAAGUUGUGGGGGUUUGCUAAGGAGGCUAUUAAGGCUAUUGUGCCUGCUGAUGCGUGGCCUGCGAGUGAGCAGAGACUGAAUGGGUUCUUGGGGGGUUAUGGGACUGUCCUCUUCUUCGACGACCGCACAACCGUCGCAGGCAUGCAACAAAAAUUCGCCCUCUACGCCGACAAGUUCCCCGUCUGGGCCUCGCAAUCCAACGGCAUGACCCAGUACGCCGUCUGGACGGCGCUCGAAGCCGAAGGAUUGGGCGCAAACUUGCAGCAUUAUAACCCGCUGAUCGAUCAGAAGGUCGCUGAGGAGUGGGGAUUGAGCAAGGAUUGGGAGUUGAGCGCUCAGUUGGUGUUUGGGAAGAGGGAGGGGGAGCCCGGGGAGAAGACUUUUAUGCCGAUUGAGGAGAGGGUUAAGGUUUUUGGUGCGUAG